CAAGUGCUUCCGCGGGCGCAGCGGAGGCCAGCCGCUGGCAGGGAAGACCAGGGCGCGGCCGUUCUCCAGGGGGGGGGGGGCGCGCCGGCUGCCCCUAAUGCGCAGCGCCUCCUCCCUCCUCCGACCGUUGGGGCCCAAAAGGUCCUGCAGGCCGCUGCGUUGAGCGCCUUCGGUUACCGUACUUCUUCCGUGCUCCUCCCGCGCAGAUGGCGCCCGCCGCUCUGGGAGCGCUGGUCCUGGGCGCCCUCUCCGCGGCGGCGGCCGCCAGGAGGGCGGAGGGCGAGGACCUCGUCGUCGAGCUCGCCGAGCGCGUGCUGGCCAACAGGCAGGAGAUCCUGCCGAUCCCCUGGGAGUUCAGCGUCGAGAGGGACGUCGGCUACGUGGGCGAGCACCCCAUCCUGGAGAACUCGACCACCGAGGUGAAGCUGAGCUCGCUGGUGACCGUUCGCGAGGUCCAGGACGGGCUUCCCCCGAACAUCGCCGUCGGCGCGGUGACCAUCAGGGACGCCGACCAGCCCGCCGCGCCUCCCUCGAGCUUCCGCACGGGCGGCACGGUGGGAGGCCUCGACUACAUGCACCUGAACGGCGUGGUGAACCCGACGGCCGACCUGACCGUCUGGCAGUGGCAGAGGAACCGGUGGUUCGGUUUGAAGAAGUGGCUCGAGAUGUGGAUCAGCCGAUACCCGGAGAAGCUAGUCGCCAUACAUUCGUACGGCGACGUCUUGUACGGCGGGUGCGACGAGGCCACGCUUCAGUUCAAGUACGAUUCCCUCGUCGCUGCAAGCGGAAACACGACGAAGAUCGUGAUGGCUGCUGAGGUGUCCCCUUAUCCGUCGGACAUGGGCUGGGCAUACCAGAGGUGGAACGAAAGCCUCGUAAACCGCACCCACUCGAUACUCGACAGUUACGGCAUGUCGCAUGACUGGGCGGAGACUUACGCGAAUUGCAGCGCCAGCACUCCUAACAGCCAGUGCAGCCAGCCGCCGAGGUACCAGUAUGCGAACGCGGGGUUCAUCAUGGGGCCCGCGAACGACGUCUUCGAGAUGCUGUCCGGCCUGAGCACUUACCCCGGCCUCGACAACCGCCUGGUGAACGAGUACUUCCUCGCCAACCCCGACCUGGUGACCCUCGACUACCCCGGCACCCUUGUCCUGUCCUUGCACAACAUGGUGAAGAACGGGACAACUCCUGUCGAGGUCGUCACCUCCGGCGGGAGCAAGUCCCUGAGGAACAAGGAGACGGGCCAGACGGUAUGCUUCGUCCACGGGAACGGCAACUCGUUCGACGUCAUCAGGGGGUGGGCCGAGCAGCUGACAGCGUAGGGCCCCGCUGCCAAACGUAGGGGUCGGCCCUGGCUUGCGGCAUCUCAGCCUGGCGUGUUGACGCCAGAUCUGAGGACAGGGCGGAGAGAACGAGGAGCCCUCUCGAGGGAGGAGGAGAAGGAGCAGAAGAGGAAGUGAUGCCCAGACCGCCAAGAGGUCUUCUAAGAAGCGUUGUACUGGCCGGCACCUUUUUUGUAAACCCAGAGGACGAGGCACGACGCCCUGGGUUGCUGCUUGCACCGCCGCCUGACCCGCGGCCCCCGCGCGCGCCCGGGUAAUUCGUCACGGCCGCAGCCCGACCGUGACCUCC